CCCCAUAAAAUAAAUUUAAUGAAGCGAGACCACACCACCAUCACUCAUUAAGUGAUUACUCAUAACACCAUUAAAUUCUGAAAAAAUGAUAAUUAAUUCUUGCUUAAAAUAAGUCGAAUGAAGUAAGACUUACAACUACCAAUGAUAAAAACAUAAAUGUAAAAGAAAAUUACAUAUGCAUUAUGCUGUUCCCCCCCCCCCCCCCCCCCCCCCUAAUGACCAACAUAAAACAAAUUGUGAAUUCAUGGUGGAAUCCUGAAUCCACCUAUCAUUUGAAAGCAGAGAAUAAAAAUGCUGGGAAGACAAAAAGAAAUUUUAUACAAAGAAAAACAACUGAAGAAGUAGUCCACUCUCACGUGCACAUCACGUGAUCCAGGGGGCGAACCUCGCAAAGACGCAAGAAGCCCCCACAAUCUCACCUCGCGACAAACAAAUCUCAGCCGUCAAUUUCCGUCACACCCGAUCUCCACCGUUCAAACCGCAUACUUCUUUCACAUAUUCCCUCCACAGCAUCUGAAGACUGCAGUAUCUCUCUCUCAGUUAAUAAUUCUUUUUUUCCCCUUCUUCUCCCUCUCAGUAUCCUCCUCUUCCUCGCGCCUCCAGAAACCCUUUCCUGUCCUCCUCUUCCAUCCGCCAAAUCCCCCACAAACCCGCCUCCUGACCCAGAGAGACUCGUCGCGCGAUCUCGAAUUCGAAGUUCCCUCACUCGGAAGGUUGCAGUUCUACCCAUGGAUUCAGAUCAGGGGAAGCUUUUCAUUGGUGGGAUUUCAUGGGAGACGUCGGAGGACAAGCUCAAGGAACACUUCGACCAAUACGGCGACGUCCUGCAGACCGCCGUCAUGCGAGACAAAACCACCGGCAGGCCGAGAGGUUUUGGGUUUGUCGUGUUCGCUGAACCUUCCGUUCUCGAUAGGGUUCUUCAGGAUCAGCACACCAUUGAUGGUAGAACGGUUGAGGCAAAAAGGGCAUUGUCAAGAGAGGAGCAGCAAACCAAUGUCAAAACUGGUAAUUCUAACUCUGCUAGAAGCACCGGUGGUGGUGGUGCAAGUGUUAGGACUAAAAAGAUUUUUGUCGGUGGAUUGCCUCCCUCAUUGACCGAAGACGGCUUCCGCCAAUAUUUCGAAUCUUAUGGCCAAGUUACUGAUGUAGUAAUCAUGUAUGACCAAAACACGCAGCGGCCCCGUGGGUUUGGAUUUAUUUCCUUUGAAUCUGAGGAUUCGGUCGAUCGAGUGUUGCACAAAACAUUUCAUGAUUUGAACGGGAAGCAAGUAGAAGUGAAGCGGGCUCUUCCUAAAGAUGCCAAUCCUGGUGGAGGCAGUCGCUCCUCUAUGGGCGGUAAUGGUGGUGGUUAUCAAAGCUAUGGCGCUUCUGGUGGGAGUGCAGUAGGCUCAUAUGAUGGUAGAAUGGAUUCAAUGAGGUAUAUGCAGCCACAGGCCGCUGGAGGCGGCUUUCCUCCUUAUGGAUCAUCUGGCUACAGUGGACCUGGAUAUGGUUACAGUGCUGCUGCAAGCAAUGGAGUUGGAUAUGGUGGCUAUGGAGCUUAUGGUGGUGCUAUUGCAGGGUAUGGGGCUCCUGCAGGCGCACCUUAUGGAAACCCCAAUGUACCAAAUGCUGGAUAUGGUAGUGGUCCACCUGGUGCUCCUCGAAGUUCAUGGAAUAGUCAAGCUACCCCUGGUUAUGGUGCAAUGGGCUAUGGAGGUGGUGCUGCUAGCGGUGGGCCAGGGUCGACUCCAACAGGCCAGACACCUACUGGACCGGGCGGGUAUAAUCAAGCAUAUGGAUAUGGUAGCUAUGGGGCAAAUGAUGGGUCUUAUGGGAAUCCAGCUGGUUAUGGUGCUGUUGGAGGAAGGUCAGGUGGUACACCAAAUAGUACUCCUGGAGAACUACAGGGUAAUGGUGGAGGAGGCUAUGGGGGCGGUGGUUAUGGUGAUGCAAAUGGGAGUGCAGGAUAUGGUAAUGCAGCAUGGAGUUCCGAGUCCUCACAAGGUUCUGGGAAUUAUGGAUCACAAGCUAAUGGUGGUGCUCAUAGUAGUCAGCUUGCUUAUGGUGGUGGUGGCUAUGGAAGUGCUCAGGCUCGACAAGCUCAGCAACAUUAAAUUUCGUGGACCGAUCUCCAACGUCUAAUGCUGUGUGUGUUCCUGAUGGGAUGAUGCUGGCUCAAAGUUGGGUAGAUAUUCACUCUGGGGACGCCGGUUGGAUUGCUCAAUUCCCAGUAGUUUGCACUACCUAUUUUGCUAGCAGUACAUCUAAUAAGUAGUUUUGUUAUGA